AGGCCAUUUUGGCCCAACGCCUGCGGCCGCCCCUGCGGCAGGCCAGGCCGACCUUGGCGCCGCCGCCCGGGCAGCGCAAGGCAAGAGAUGGGCGACCUGCGCGCCGCACUCGCUGAGGAGCGGGAGCGGCUCAACACGAUCCUCGACGAGGUCGACGAGGCCUUGGGGCGCCUCGAGCCCGCUUCGCACAAGGAGGCACUCCGCUGCAUCGAGCCCGGCUCUCCCAAGGAGCAGACCGGCGCCAAGCCGGCGGGCGCCCCGCCGCACGAGAGGGAGGGCGGCGAGCAGCCGAGCGCCCCGCCGAUGGGGGCCCUGCCGCCCGGGAUGCUCCGCGCCUCCGUCUGUCCCACCUCGAAGGACUCUCCCGGCGUCCGCUUCCAGCCGGCGUCGCAGGCGCCGUCCAUGGCGUGGCAGUCGGGCUCCAGCGGCAAGGACAGGGCCACGGCCAGGAGCGACGGCGCGGGGUCGCUGGGCGCGGUCGUGGCGCCUUCGCCGCCGCCGGUGCAGAUGACGCCGCUGAUGCCGGUGGACAUCCCGAAGAAGGACGAGUCCAUGCCACGGCUGUCCGGCAUUGUGCGGAGCAGGCAGACCGACUCCAACUCGUGCUCGGGCUCGCAGCCGGGAGGGAUCUCGGACGGCGUCAGGCGCACGAGGGAGUUCGAGAAACGAGGCUCCAUCCGCAAGGCGAAGCAGAUUUUUGCGAACGCGGACCAGAUGAAGGAGCAGGUCCAGCAGGCGAUCCUGCAGCCGGACUACGACGUGAGGGAGCUGUACAAGACCGAGGGGUGCUUCCAGGCCGUCGCGCGGAGCUCGAUCUUCGACAUCUGCGGGCUGACCCUGAUCAUGCUGAACGCUGUGUGGCUCGGAAUCGAGACCGACCUCAACGAGAAGGCCCUGCUGGUGGACGCCGACCCCCCGUUCAUCAUCGUGGAGAACUUCUUCUGCACGUGCUUCUGCGCCGAGCUGCUCAUCAAGUUCAUGGCUUUCAGCAGGAAGACGGACGUGCUGAAGGACUCGUGGUUUGUGUUCGAUUCCGUGCUCGUCUGCUUCAUGGCCGCCGAGACGUGGCUCCUCUCCAUCCUCGUGUGGGUCACCGCCGGGUCCCUCACCGCCAACUCCAGUUCCACGUCCGUGCUCCGCGUGGUGCGGCUCUUCCGGAUGACGCGUGCUGCGCGCGUCGCUCGCGUGUUGAAGGCAGUACCAGAGCUGAUGGUGAUCGGCCACGGCAUCGUGAUCGUCGCCCGGACGGUGGUCGUGAUUUUCUGCCUCUGCUCCUUAGGUCAUCUACACCUUCGCGAUCGUCUUCACCCAGCUCGGCAAGGGCACCGAGCUCGAGAAGAGGCUCUGCCCCGACAUGCUGACCACCAUGGGCACGCUGCUGCUCGGCGGCAUCCUCCCAGACAUCGCCCCGACCACGCUGGAGAUGGCGACGGAGCAUUUCUUCUUCGGGGCGUGCUUCUUCAUCUUCGUGCUGAUGGCGUACGUGAUGAUCAUGAAUCCAGUGGGGUACUGGUGGAGGUUGUCGCGGUGGUUGCUUCGGUGGAGAAAGAGAAGAACCAGGUGGCAUCGGUGAAGCGUGUGCUGCAGAAGUGGGCCCCGGAGGCGGACAUGGACGGCGACAACCUGUUCGGCGUCAGCGAGUUCAAGAGGAUGCUCAACCACGCGGGCUGUGCCAAGGACCUGAACGACGUGGGGGUGGACGCCGUCGCGCUGAUCGACCACGCGGACUUCGUGUACCGCAACAAGACGGAGCUCACGUUCGCCGAGCUGCUCGCGGUAGUCCUCGGGCUGCGCGGCAGGAACGACCCGAAGGUGCAGGACCUCGUGCAGUUGCGCAAGUUCCUGCACGUGGAGAUGCUGCGCAUCGAGAUGUCCCUGGAGAUCGGGGGAGGGCUGUCCGGGGGGGUGUCCGAGGAUUUGUUUUAA